AACAUAUUAAACUACAAUGGAAGAAAAAAAGUAAGCCUCAUUAGGAAGAAAUGAAUAUUGCCCUUUAUUUGAAAGUGAAAGUGACACACAAAAAGGAGCAAUUGGGAUAAAGCAAUCGUUAACUCAAAUAUAAAAUCCUUAAGUAUUCCCCAUUUUCAAUUUCACUUCUUCCCCCCAAACUCACUUUUUUUUGUUUACAUCUUUCUCAAGCCAUGGCAGUUGUUUCACUUCUCGUUUCCAUUCUUCUCUGUUCAUCAAUGGCUUUCUUCACCACAAAUGGGGAACAAAUCAUCAUAGUCAACAAUUGUAAUGAAAGCAUAUGGCCGGGAAUUCUUGGUGGAGCGGGGCAGAACACACCAAAAGACGGGGGUUUUCUACUUGGAAGUGGCCAGGAAGUAGUUAUCGACGUACCCGAUAAAUGGUCGGGGAGAAUAUGGGGUAGACAAGGCUGCAACUUUGACUCUAACGGUAAAGGCUCGUGUGACACGGGCGAUUGCGGAGGCCAACUACAUUGUGGAGGAUCUGGGGGUGAGCCACCAGCCACAUUGGUGGAAAUGACGCUAGGAUCAUCCUCAUCGCCCCUGCAUUUCUAUGAUGUGAGUUUGGUGGAUGGGUUUAACUUGCCUGUGUCGAUGAAGCCAGUGGGGGGAGGGAUUGGGUGUGGCGUAGCAUCCUGCGAGGUCGACGUGAACAUUUGCUGCCCCUCAACGCUGGAGGUUAGAAGGGGGAGCAAGGUUGUGGGCUGCAAAAGUGCUUGUUUGGCUAUGCAAUCGGCUAAGUAUUGUUGCACUGGACAAUAUGCAAAUCCAAAUACUUGCAAGCCUACUCUGUUUGCCCACUUGUUUAAAGCCAUUUGCCCCAAGGCUUAUAGCUAUGCUUUUGAUGAUUCCUCAAGUCUAAAUAGAUGUAGGGCUUCUCGUUAUGUCAUUACAUUUUGCCCUCCUCAGUUGUUGUAGAGCUGUCAGGCUUCGAUGUCUUAUGGUUUAUUAGUUCAUUGCCAAGGUUUUGUUUUUCCUAGCUUAUGUAACUUGUAAUGGAAGAUCCUUCUAUCAAUGGAAGAGAAUUUCUCUUUUGUUUUACAAACUGUAAAGUUGUUACUUUUUCUGUUCGUAUGGGAAUUGAUUUUAGUAGUGGGUGGUAAGUAUUGACAGAUUUUGACCAGAUUUUGAAGCAUUUUCAAUUCAAGUUCAGAAGGAUCAAUGACAUAAUCUGUUCUCUUCAUCUUCUAUCGCUUUUCAGGUUGAGGAAAAGUUGGAAUAAAAUUGACAAUCAAAGGAAGCAAGUAAAAGAAAAAGAACCGGUAAUACUACAUCUCGGAGAAAAAAAGAAAACAAUUUAUCGUUGAAAAUAUUAAAAAUACAGAUAGCAACCUCCUGACUUCUGCCUUGAUCAUUUGAAACGUCAUAACAAAUUAAUAUAUGACCAAUAUCUAGCCGACGCUCUAGUCUGACAUUCUUUUCUAGUUCCACAGUAUCUGAGCUUUUCAUUCUCAAUCCAAUUAAUCACAAAAAUAGAACUCCAUCGCAUUGAAAUUGGUAAUAAAUAUCUCAAAGAUGGCAUAAAUCUACAUUACACCCUUGACUACAGAGGAGGGAGUUGUGAGGCUGCUACCUUUUUGGUGUUUUUGACAUGAACAGCCUUGGUUGUUGUGUAAGUUCAACCAUGACGGUCUUCUAGCCAGAGAGAAAGAGAGAGAAAGCAAAACCAUUGAACAGGUGUAGAAAUUAGUAAAUUUACAGCCUAAGUUAUGAAGUUGAAUCUUCAUUCGUAUUCGCUGCAGAACUGGAAGUAACAUCUCGAGCCUCAGGUGCAGGUGCAGGUGCAGG